AUGGGUCAGACCCAAGAUACAGAGGACUUAGAACCCAGCCUGUCAAGAUUGGCAGUCUCUGGGCUCCAUAACUCCGCAGAGGAGAAGGAGGCGUUCCACGAUUGCCUAGAAGCAAGCGAACUCGAGACUAGAGAUAAUACGGCGACGCUACCUCCGCCGCCUCAAUUUGGCAUAACGGUUGACCACCCCCCCACUAUAAUUCAAUCACCGAUGUUAGCAGUUAGAGAGACGUCACCAGCACUAUCAGGAGUGUCAGGAGUGUCAGGAGUAUCAGGAGUAUCAGCAGUAUCGGGAUCUGUCAUGUUAGGAUCUACAAACAGCCUGCUCGAUAAAACAAUACACCGAAAUGUGUCAUUUAUCAGAGGUUCUAGGACCUCUGUGGCGUACAAAGAACACAAUCCGCCUGCAAUUCUACGGCAAACGGACAGCACGGGCGACGAUGAUCCCACGACACCCCUGGCUCAGCCCGCGACCCUCCGACCCACCACCUCUGCCUCCAGCGAGAAGAAAGACGGCGAGCCUAAAGCUAAAAGCAAGGUAUCAAAGGAUAAGAGAGAUGAAUUGCAUAUUCUUAUCGGUGUCACUGGCUCCGUUGCGACUAUUAAGGUUGGUCCAAUCAUCCACAAGCUCAAACAGAUUUACCGGGAGCGAGCGAUUAUUCAACUGGUGGCCACCAAAUCAUCAUGUGUCUUCUUCAAGCCUACAGACGUGCCGCGUGACGUCAAGAUUUGGUACGACGAGGACGAAUGGGACUCCCGGGACGGCAAAGUCGACAGCCAACUCCAUAUGGAGCUGAGACGAUGGGCAGAUAUCCUGCUAGUAGCACCGUGCUCAGCAAACACGCUCGCCAAACUGACCUACGGCAUUUGUGAUAAUUUAUUAACUUCAGUCUUUCGAGUGUGGAACCCUGCAGUACCUCUACUGGUUGCCCCGGCCAUGAACACCCACAUGUACACAAACCCGGUGACGAAACGACAUUUCAAGGUUCUGAAGGAUCUCUAUCAAUUCGUUGAAAUCCUGAAACCAGUCGAAAAAGUGCUCGUCUGCGGAGACAUCGGCAUGGGAGGCAUGCGCGAGUGGACGGAUAUCGUCCAGAUCCUCUCCAAAAGGCUAGGGGUUGCUCCAGACGACGACAUUGACGAUAGAGAUGACUGA